AGCUUGUUGUGUUAUCUCUGUGAAUUAUUCGCUGUGAGUUGUAGAGUGAAUAAAAUAUACAACAUGAGGUGGAACGCUUCACGGAAGUCCAGCAGCUCCUUCUCAUGCUCUUUGGACUUAAACAACAUGACACCAAAGGAAGACUUAGAGGCCAGUGAGACCCAGAUAUCCACUAUCCAACUGGGAAUGCAAGGAGAGACACCACGGAAUGGGCCCAGCCCGGAACAACCCCAACGUGGGUUCAAAGCGAAGGAGAAGGUCCGCAACUGGGUCUGGCUUCUAUCUGGAUUCAUCUCCAUGAACAUUCUCCUUCUGGGAAUUGCUUUACUGAGCGGAAGUGUUUUUAACAAGAUCCAGAUCUCGUCUGCUCACCUGCAGAUCUUCCUAAUCUUACUUGUCUUGCUCACCACCAUAUGGAUGGUUUACUACAAAGUCCAUACUUCUAGAGUACACCAUGCAGUGCUUUACAAAGAUAGCCAUGCUGGACCAAUUUGGCUGAGAGGUGGCCUGGUUCUGUUCGGCAUCUGCAGUGUUAUCAUGGAUAUUUUAAAGAUAAUUUACUAUGUGGGUCACGUACAUUGUGAGUCACCUGUGAAGAUAGCCUUCCCUACUGUGCAAGCCGUGUUUGUCAUUGUCCAGACAUACGGCCUUUGGGUUCAUGCCAAAGACUGCGUACAGCUACAGCAAAACAUCACACGAUGUGGACUGAUGUUGACUUUAUCGACAAACCUCAUGGUGUGGAUGACAGCCGUGACAGAGGAAUCGCUCCAUCAGACUGUGAUUCCAACCGACACUUCAUAUAACGGUUCCUCUAACACUCCUCACAGCUUCAACGUCACAUUACAAGUCCGAGAUGAAAACACAGAGUGCAAGUGCAGCCACGAUUCUUGCGAAACCUUUGAGAAGGCCUAUUACUACCUGUACCCCUUCAACAUCGAGUACAGCCUUUUUGCCUCAGCCAUGGCCUACGUCAUGUGGAAGAAUGUUGGACGACAAAUGGAUGAGCACCAUAGCCAUAAUCACCGCUUUAGCCUAUGGGACGUUAUGGUUGGUCCAAUGGCUGGUAUAAUCAUUCUGGUUGUGGGGCUUGCUACAUUUGUGGUGUAUGAAGUGGACAUAGCCAUGGAAGGCCUAAAAAAAAAGCAGUUUGCUUUGAUAAUGCAUUACAUCAUGAACAUAGUGGCCAUAUUUCUGAUGUCCAUUGCAACUCUGGUCGGUUGUGUCCUCUUCCAUCUCGAUAAGAGGGAACAAGUUUCGGGGAAGAACCCUACGCGGAGUCUGGAUGUGGGACUGCUCGUGGGAGCAUCGAUGGGCCAGUUCCUCAUCUGCUACUUUACUAUAGUCGCUGUGCUAGCGUCAGGGGUAAAAGGACACGUGAAUGGCCUCAACCUGGCAUGUUCGAUUCUGACCGUGAUCCAGUUGUGUCUACAGAACGCCUUCCUCAUCAAGGGUCUCCACCGGGAGCCAUUCAAUGAGACAGAUGAGGCCACUGUCUUUGCAAAUGUCAGGGCUGUGCAGAGAGAACCAGAAAGACGGAGCAGCUCUAUUGUUCCGGCUCACGCGCUUCCCAUCCCCAUGACGCUGCUUCAGGGUUCGCUGUCCUGGAAGAGGAGGAUCCUUAAGGAGAUUUGUGCCUUCUUGUUACUCUGCAACGUCAUUCUUUGGAUCAUGCCUGCCUUUGGAGCCCGGCCUCAGUUUGACAACACUAUUGGAUUUGAAAUCUAUAAAUUACAAACAUGGUCAGCAGUUGUGAAUAUCGGAAUGCCAUUUGGGAUCUUCUACCGUAUGCACUCAGUGGCCAGUCUUUUUGAGGUGUGCCUUGCCUCAUGAACAUACUGACCACUCAAGAACUGUUCAACCUUUGUAAUAUAUGUACAUAUACACUGAUCAGCCACCUGCCUAAUAUUGUGUAGGUCCCCCUCGUGCUGUCAAAACAGCACCAACCCGCACCUCAGAAUAACAUUCUGAGAUUAUAUUCUUCUCACUACAAUUGUAGAGUGUGGUUAUCUGAGUUACUGUAGACUUUGUCAGUUCAAACCAGUAUGCCCAAGACAAGGCAUGUUUUUGGUUUUUGGCACCAUUCUGAGCAAUUUUUAGAGACUUAUGUUCUUGAAUAUCCCAGAAAUACUCAAAACAGCCCGUCUGGCACUACACAUAUAUAUAUAUAUAUAUAUAUAUAUAUAUAUAUAGUAUAACAUAUUUUGUUUAUCUUAAAGAUAAAUGUAUUAUUUAUUUUUACAUUUGUAUUUGUGAAUACAAUGAUGUGUAUAUGUUUAUGUGUGUUUGUGUGUAUAUCAUAGACCAUGUUCAACUGAAAU